AUGGAACGUUCCCACAUCUCGCAGUUUUUGGUGUGCCAGAUGUCGUCGAUUUCGGCUAAGAGUGUGCAGCAGGCCUCUCAGGCAUUUUUCAGGGGGCGUACCGCCCAGCGUCUCGUCAUGACCGUCGCAGCGCUCGGUGCCGUGCUCUGCGCGCUGCCCCCCGUGUCCCCUGCCACGUCCAGCAGACUGUGCGGAUCCAGUUUCCAGAUCGAUUUCGGCGUGCUGGUAUCGCUCUGCGUUCUCGGCUAUUUCGUCGAUUCCCGCAGUUCGAAGAGCACGGGCGAGCUCAUAGCAAAGAGCAGUUUGGCCACUGCAGAAUCUGUAAUCGGCAAGGCGGUGUUGGACCGUAGGCGCGACGCCUGUUGCGCAGCCUCCGUCGAGGAACGCGCGUCGCCUCAGAAACCAGGUGUUAUUAAUGGCAGCGCCAGGGGCUUAAGGGAUCAGCGUGGACAAAGACGACGACGGAGGUUCGACGUGCACAUCAUCGAGUGCGCCCAGAGAGAGGGCGUGACCCACACACUCCCAAGAGUGUCGGAAGUGAUGCGUGCCUCCAGUAGGCUCGGACACAGAGACGCGGCUCUGAAGUUAUUCGGCCACAUGUUGAAGAAGGGGGUUGUUCCCGGUGCACACCUCAUUGACAAGGCCGUGUCAAACAAGUUCUUUCAGUUCGUCGCUGAAACUCUCGAUGACAAGCGUAUGAAAAGGGACGGGUUGUCGCUUCUUGAUUUAGUUCGAUGUCAUGGAAUCGACCCGUCGCCUAGUACCCAGAACCGUUUGCUGUCUGCGUGGAAGGGUGAGCCUCCAGUGAGUGUCGUGGAAUAUUUCGUGAAGAUGAAGGGCGACAGGGUCACCCUCAGCAAUUGGGCAUAUCGUUCCAUCAUUGUGGCCUACGAGCAUUCCGAUCCAGGAUUCGUUAUGAAGGUGGGCACUGAGAUGGAGCGCUCAGGUAUUCAGCUCCAGCGAACGGCGUACAACGCAGUAUUGGGUGCUUGUCUUCAGCUUGGCAUGCACAACGAGGCCCAAGAGUUGUUCGGGAAAAUGGCGGAUCAUGCGGUUGCUCCCAAUGCAAGAUCUUAUGGCAUCAUGAUCAGGGUCUAUUCGUACUGUGGCCAAUUCGAGAAAGCCAUCGCCAUCUUCGACGCGAUGCGGGAGCAGUCCUUCGAGCCCAACAGGUUUGCUUACCAUCAUACAAUACAUGCAUGUAUUAUGUCUGAGCGCGUUCAAUACGCCGUUCAAUUAUACAACGAUUCGGUUCAGACGCAGAUGCCUUUGUGCGCGAGAACGUACGUCAUGCUGAGCCGGGCGUGCAGGGAUAUUGGUUUCAAGGAUUUUUACCAAGCAAGUUCGAAGUGGAGUUGA